AUGCAUCCAGCGGACUCCGUCUUUGCAAUUGGGGGUGAGGAUGAAUCGGAACCGGAGGAAGACCUCCUGGCUGAAGGGGCUCGGAGGCUGGGCGCCCUCGCUGCUGGCGUUUCGCCUACAGUAGGAUCUUCCCCAGGUAGAGACGGGCCCACAAGUGCAGAAGCAGCGAAGGCAGCUUCGUUGGUUGCCACUCCCCUCGCCGCGCCUGCCGUUGCGGCUGAAUCUGCUACUUCGCCUGCAUCAGGAGUCCUUCAGUCACCUCCGGGGCCUAAGCUUCUUUCAGAGUCGCAUCGCUGUGGUGUAGACGUCAGCGGUCUCGGCACGCCCAGCCGGUGCAGCACAGGAGCGGGGCAAGAGCAACUGCGUGCAACAGAACGGGGCAACAACAGCAGCAGCAGCAAGAGCAGCGCUACUCACCGUAGUUCGACACUCGACGAGAACAGUUCGGUGUACAGACCAGAGGUAGACGGUCCCCCCAUCGUUGGCAUCUUCGUAGUGGCGCAGUCAGCGUUGCGAAGGCCUGAAGUAUUGUUCCAUCAUCAAAAAGCGAACUGCGAAUGUUUGCCACUCCAUCCGCUCGACCUCUCACGGUGCUCGGAGCGUUCUCUGUGGAGAGGGCAGUCAGAGGGUGGUGGGUCGGGGGCAUUUUCGUGGAGUGGAGAGCCCGGCGAGACAACUUUGCUGCAAUGGGUGGAAAAGUUUGCUCUCCCGGAGUUAACCCCAACCAGGGGUCAUCUCCAGGUGGCCCGUACAGGCUCAGGGUCGCGUGAUUGGGAAGGCGAGCCCCCAACUGACCAACGGCACGCAUCACACAUAUUCUUCACUGUGCCACUGGCGAAGAGCAACAGUUACGUCUUCGGUGUUUCGUGUUACUCCGUUCAAAGCGAGCGUUUGUGGGAGCCAUCUGCACCAGAGGAUGCUCAGGGGAUGUGCGCCGUUUGCUUGGUGGCUCGCGUUCCCUUUUGGGGCCUUUUGCUGUUUCGUCUGCUGCCAGUCACUGCAGCUUUUUUCGAACUCAUGGAGGGAGCUUCAUCUGGUUCUCCGGGCCGCCUUUCGUCCUCUGGACUGCCUACACAGGUGCUCGUUCAGCUGUACGACCAGCUGAACACUGUCAACUUCCACCUUAUGAGAUACACGGAGAUCACUUUCAACCUUGAGGGCGGGUUGCCACCCUUCAUCAUGGCCGUCACUCCAAGGCAGCUUCUGGUUCUGGUCAAGGCUCUUUUGCUGGAGAAAAAAAUCCUUUUUUACUCAUGCGACGCCUCACGGGCUUCAACAGCUGUCCUUUCGUUCAUCUCUCUACUUCCAGUGGACGUGGACGCGAGAACUGUUGAGGUGAAGAACACGUCGCUGGAGCCUUUGCUGCGCCUGACGGGUUGGGAGCAACAGUUCACAAGGCGCAUUGUCAUGGAAACAUCCUUCUCAAGUGGAGUAGCGGAAGGGCAGAGCCCUAGCUGUGGAUGUAGCGCUAGCAUCUCUAGACAUGCGCAAGACCUACUACAGCAAACGAUCUCGUCGCUUGCUAGCCACGCGGCAGCACAUGGCCUUCACUUCCUCAGGUCCAAGGAAGACGGGGAAGGCUCUUUGGCUGGGGACUUGCAGCGGCACAGACGAAGGGCUGCCUCAGCCAUAUCUCCGAGAGACAACCGCCGCCGCAGCAACAGCAGCGGCAGCUUGGGCGGAGGAAAACAGACUAGCCACAUGGGCGCUGCAAGGCAUCGGGCACCGGAAGAGCGAAAACGUGAUGAUGCUAACAGUACGCUAGUGGGUCAGAGUAGUACAUCUUCUCGAGAACUACGCCAAACAAUGCGUGAACGCGGCACGGCCGCGGCUACAAACUCGGGCAGCGUGGACACCGAUUCAAAACGGCAACUGCAGCAACAGCAGCUGCACCAUAGUGCAUCUGAAGAUUCUUUGGCCAGUAGUUCCCCUCCGACAGGUGGUGGAGGGGGGUGGUUGAGUGGGCGGAUUCGGUGGGGUUGGGAGCGGCAGGGCGAACGCCAGACGCAUACCAGUGCCGCCGCCCACACUGGCAAGAAGUCAAGGUACCCUUCUGCUGCCGAGCGAUUCCACGGGGAAGCCCUCUCUCCGCCAGUCACCGAUGGGGCUGCUGUGGUGUCUGUGGAACGGCCUGCGGAGCAGAGGGCGGUACCAGGCACAGGCCGCUUCCAGCCGGACAGCAGGAGCAGCAGCGACGCCACGGGGCCAUCUACUGUCCUUGACCCGAAUUGGGAGGCGCAUGCUGAUUUAAUACGUGCAGCUUUUGCUCAGCACCUUGAGCAACUCUGCAGGUACGCACCGACAUCGUGCUGGUUUAGCAAGAUAUUGCGCACGAUACCCGAGAGCACCUGCUGUGUGUGGCUGCUUGAGCAUCGGCUGCCAAACGAAGGAGCUCCUUCGGCGAAGCAUGAGACUAUGCAGCCCCCGCCCACUUGUGGCUAUGCUAAGUAUCUGUACAGCAAUGGAGAUUGCUACGAUGGCCAGUUCUGGGCAUCCCAGAGACAUGGGGAUGGUGUCUACUGUUCUGCCGACGGCAUGAGGUAUGAUGGCUCCUGGGUCAGUGAUGAACGACAUGGCCACGGGGUGCUAGCCCACGAGUCCGUAGGGUACCUAUACGUGGGGCAGUGGCAACACAACAAGAAAAGCGGGGAGGGUCAUCUGUACUCCCGUAAAGAACGCUACUGGGGCCAAUUCUUUGACAACAAGUACCACGGACGGGGGCGAUACGUACAACGCGAAGGACUCGAGUAUGAAGGAGAGUUUGCUAGGGGCCGAUUUGAAGGUCUAGGUAAACUGUCAAUCUCGCGAGACGAGGGAAAACAAACUUUUGGGGAGUGUCGAAAGGGUGUCGUUAUAAGGGGCAGUUUCGAGGAAGGAAAGGUGACGGGUGUCGUCAACGCGCCGGAGACUCUGUUGCCGGAAGGAAGUGGUAGCAUGCUCUACAGAGAUUGUAGUUUGUAUGACGGCCAGUGGAGAAAUGGCAUGCGGCACGGAGCUGGUGUUUUGACCAUCCCUGUGGGAGUUCUGAGGGGUGCGAGUGCGAGUAAAGAAGGAGAUGAAGAGGGGACGAUAACUAUCGAUGGGCAGUGGUUAGAUGAUUUGCCGGACCCUCAAGCAGAGUGGAGCGUCACCUUCCCGACCGGGGACAAGUACUUAGGCAGUCUAAAAUUCCCAUCCAUCGGAAGCAGUGCGGGUGCGGAGGUUGGCAAGGACAUGCAUGCGGAGCAGACUGAAGCCUUGGCAAGGAUUGUACCGCAUGGAUGGGGACUAAGCAAGCGAAAGGACACCGGAGAGGAGUGCAUAACGCGGAGUGGCGCAAGACACUCCGGUGAAUGGCGGUUUGGGCAUCCCCACGGGGAAGGUCGCCAUUUCGACCCUACUUCAGGUUACACUCUUGAGGGCACCUUUUACUACGGAAAAUUCGUGGCGGAAAACAGUCCAGGCUUUGUGAAAGACGAGGAAACUUGUGAAGAGCCGCCUGCGGGAGUCCCUCUCCUUGUAUUUGAGGCAUUUGAAACGUUCCCACUCGCCAACUGCCCGCUGUUUCAGCCACGUAGCUCGGCUCCCACUACUCCUUGCACUGCUUCACCUUCGAAGAGCCCUCGGAACUACGGCUGUUGA